CAACUUGAACACUGUAAUAAAGAAAUCUUGAUUGUAAAAGAAACCAGGUAAUCCUUAAAUGAACAGUUUUAACAGCAGAAGCAUUUAUGUAUAUUAAAACCAUAGAUGGGCAUAAUCAUAAUCAAUGGUUACAGUGAUCUAGAUUACAGUUAUAAAUUAUUUAAUAGUUAGUUGUAAAAUAAUUAUUAUUUCUGGUAGAGCACGUCUAUGAUGUAGGGUCUAUGUGCAUUCUACGUCUCAAACGAGCAGUACAUGAUAAGAAGUAGACAUCCUGGAAUUUAAAUGUUUGCUAGAGCCAGCAAUCAACAGGAAGGAAGUUGUAGGUAUCAAGAAGGAAAUCAGAGAGUCUAUCACAGCUCGAGGACAAUAUUUAAGGAGAAUAUAAUCAGGAAAUUUACUGUUUCCUAGUGUUGGUGAAUAAUCCACCUGGCCAGGUGAUUUGACAAAGGACCAAGCAACAUACAAUUGGAGGUGAGAAAAACACAAAUUUUCCAUGUUAAAGCAAUUGACAUUUAAAGAUUGUCCUAGUGUUUUGUAGAUGGAAAUUCAC